CGUCAAUUCCCCUUCUCCCCGCCCUCUCCUUUUCCUUCCUCUUCCUCCUCCAUUCCAUGCCUUGACGUCUCUCUCGGCCCAUCUCUAUGUUUUCACAUGGCCGAGCGUGUCUGAAAAGGCGUGGUGUGUCUACCGUCUCGGACAACAUCGCAGCUGCCCACGACGAACCGCUUCUCUUCCUGUACCCGCACUGGUUUAAAUCGGCAGUCCGACAUUCCCGGCCUCUCUCUUCUGGUUCUGCUGCGUUUUUGAGGAAUCAUAGGCCCCGACGGCUCAUCCCCAGAGCUUCUCAUCCGCCCCAGAAGCUGUAUUUCGGGCCCCCCUCAAGACGGUUAAUAUCGGGGAGCAAUUCUGCUGCCCCCAUCGAAACAGAGACGACGAAGAAAGCUUUCACGGCGCAAGAUGAAGCUCCUACCUCUGACACGAUUACGGGUUCGCCAGACAAUGGCUCGCCAAACCCCACAAAAAACCUCGACGGCAUCCUAUUGACCGACUCGGAACCGACCAAGCAACCGAACCUCUCAUCCUUCCCAAUGUCGAACCUGCUCAAGUCAAUUGUGCAAUCACCAGAUAUGGACGAAUGGCCUCGGCGUCGGAGGAGAAAGCUAAAGGCCAUACCGAGGUUCGGCCCCAAAGAUAGCAUGAAGCUGGAGCUUCUGGCGAACCGCACACGAUUGCUUCCCGCUUCAAAACGGGCCCCGAUUCCAUUGAAGACCAUACAGGGUUGGGUGGUGCAAUUGCAUCAAAAGUCUCUCGCCUGGGCGACGGCAAGCAACACAAAGCAGAAGGAAGUGUUGGUUACGGAGGAGACCCUCGCGUAUCUCGCGGGCUGCACCACACCUUCAUCGGAGGAGAACAUCUGGUACGCUCCUGUGAGACAUGGCUGCAGGGUGCAUGUGCAGCAUUCGUCGGAGAGCGAGGGAAAGUAUCGGAAGAUCAUACUUUCGGGAACGGACCGAGUCAUCGAAGUGGUCUGCGAUCAUAUCAACCAUGCGCGGACUCUCCAGGAAAACAAAGACCCCGAGAUCGAGAUCGCAAAACCUCCAGUGCCUGUAUUUCCUUCCUUACAAGUUUUCAAGCACAAUGACACCAGCCGCCCACUCAUUCGAGGCGUCUGGGGCGAUCACGGUACCUCCGAGCUCGAGCCGCUGAAGUCUGCGGCGGAAAAUCUGUCGACCGUACGGGGAUUCGCCGAGUUUGUCGAGGAUUUGACCAGCACCAUGCCCAGGACUGAUAUAGUGCCCAGGCCCAAACCCGCUAAUGCCUUUCCUGAAUCAAUAAGUCGCGUGCAUAACAACCAAGUGGCCUUUAUCUUGAUGAAAAUCUUCAGUCGCAGUGCAUACGAAAAACUGUUCUCCACGGCUGCAAUGAAUAUCGCGCUCACUUGGCUGUGUCGCCAUGAGUAUUUUGGUAAAGCUAAUAAGAUCCUCUCCCGAUGUGAGCAUGUCGCAACGGUGGACACGUUCAAUAUUCUCCUAGAGUCGGCGGCCGAACAGCAGAACACGGAGCCGUUUCGCCAUUACCUCAAGACCAUGUCGCGAAUGAAAAUUGGCCCGAAUGAGGAGACCUGGGUCGCUUUUCUCAACUAUGUUGCCGACCCCAGAGAGAGACUACUUUUGAUGAAGUGGAUGCUACAGCAACGAUAUCUUACGGAAAUCACGCCGAAGGCGCGUGCCCUUGUAACGACGGUCCAGGAAUGGUUUCUCGAGCAUCUAGAGGAUGGCGGCAAAGUGGAUUCGUUCUUCACCGAGAUGGCUAAGAUGCAAGGAACCCAUAAUGUCUCGCUCUCCCUGUUCAGCCAGAUGUUCAACGUCGUAGCCCGACGGGAUGAUUUUGACUCCCUGAACCGGCUGCUGGAAAUCUACCAGCAGCAUGGAUUUCACGUCGACGACCGUGCAAUCGAGUCAGUCAUGCUCAUGUGCAGAGACUCCUUCACCGGCGUCCGACAUCUCCUCCGGUUAAGUUCUCGCCCUGAUCUCUCGCUCAAAAGGGUCUCGUAUGAAAGACUCUUCAAAAAGUCCCUCAGGGGUCGGCAUUAUAAUCUCUGCCGCGUACUCUGGCGAUAUGCCUGCAUGUACGGUUUCGUGACAUACCAGAUGAGGCGAUAUGUCGUCCGCUCGCUGACUUGCAAUAUCCCGUCCGAGAACGCGAAAAGUGAGGUCGAUCAAACCUGGUGGACCACCAGCGGGCAGGUGAUUGCCGGCCUGGACCUGCAUCAUAGAGAACACAUCAGGGGCAGCAAGAUCAUGCAGAGUAUCCCUCCCGAGCACCAUCACCAUCCAGUCACGUACUUCAGCGAGUUCAAGCCCGUCGGCAAAGAGCGUGAUCGGCAGCUACGAGCCGCCAUGGAUUUGGCACAGCAUGAUAUCGAUGCCGGCCCCAAGUACACUCCACGCUACCCCCUGGCCCACAUGUUGCAGGCUGCCAUCGUGCUGGAUCGCUACUGGGCACAAUAUCCGCUACCUAAGGACUCGAUUCUGGAGCAGGCCAUGCGUAUUGAAGUGCUGCGCAAGGGAGAGGAUCUGAACAAGUCCAAGAGCGUUUAUAGGGAGGUUUCUAAAAGAUACCCCGAGAAGGAUCCCGAGGAUAAAUCUCAGGGUAUUUCUGAGGAAGAUCCUAACAAUAACCCCGAGGAAACGCCUCAGGAAGAUUCCAGGAUCUCAUUGGAGGAUCCCCAGGAUGAUUUUGAAGAGGUUUCCAAUAGUGAUUCCGACGAAAAGCCUCGAGAAGAUCUCAAGGAGGAGUUCAAGGAGGUUUCCAAAGAAGAGCCCCAGGAAGAUCCCGAGAUCUCAAGGAAGGAGCCCGAGGAUAUUUCUGAAGAGGUUUCCAAUUAUGAUUCCAAAGAAAAGCCUCAAGAUCCCAACGAGGAGUUCAAGGAAGAGCCCAAGUACCCUGCAGUAUGAGCAUCUCUGUGUGGGCGAUGGCCUCAAAUCCCCUCCAGCCUAUCUUAUGAUACUCGGGCUGUUCUGAGUUCUGACAUUCCGGCUUUGGGGUAUUAUCCGAUCCCUUGUACAUUUCUGACCCAUAAUGACUUCUUGGGCCACCUUGCAUAUAAUUUUUUUUUUCUGGUUUUCAGCGCAUUGUCGGGUAUAAUUGGCACACUGUCUUCAUGUUAAUCCCUUCAUGUAUUUCAAAUCUUGUACAUCAGCCUUUGGUUUUCCCUGUUCCUUUAUACGCUAGAUACCUGUAUAUUAUAACGCCGCUCAAAGCUCCGCCGUGACCCUCCCCGCCAUGUCCUGUAC